CGCCGGCAUCAGCGCAUCAUCGCAUCAUCGCCAGGCGCGUGCCUAUUCUCUAAUAUCUGCACUGGGGGUUCAUUCGAGAAUAGGUUACUGCAAGUUAUCACCCUCUGUUUUAUUUGUAUUUAGCUAGAACUCCAAUUUCCAGUUUGUUACUUACUUCAGUGUGGUAAAUUAGACUCGAGGUGGAAAAACUGAACACUGCCAGGUGAAUGUAAUAUGAACGGAGUUAACUAAAACAAGGCACCAUGUCUCGGAUUGGUAACAGAGUCCUGCUGGGCUAUGAAGAUGAACCGAUCACUGAUAAACACAAAGACAUUGUUGAUUUUACAACUAAUAAAAUCGGAGGAAAACCUGAUUGGCCUGGCGAUGCUCCGACAGCUGUGACUUGUAAACUAUGUGGCUUAAAUCUUCCUCUUGUAUUGCAAAUCUACGCACCAUUAGAUUUCACUAGCUUUCACCGAACUUUGUACAUUUUUGCAUGUAUUAAUCCAAACUGUUGGAACCAGAAUGGAAGCUGGGUUUGCUUGAGAAGCCAGACCAAAGCAAACGACGUUAAAUCUGAAUCUAAACUUCCUCAGCAUAAUGAUUAUUGUCAGAACGAUUGGAUGGGUGCUGGUGGUGAUAAUUGGGAUGACGAAGAAAACGGAAAUACGAUCGACAUCGGAGAUACAACUGGAGAAGCUGUUGGCAUCCCUCUUGACAUUACUAAUGAUAUGAGAAAAUUGACUGUAGAUGAAAGGAAUGCUAAUAGCUGUGGCUCUGUGGAAGGAGCGAUGGGAGUAUUGGACACAUCUGCGACUAUAGAAGGAGACGAAGGAGAGGUGGUUUGCAUCGACACGCCAACAGCCCCACAAAUUAAUUUAAUUGCAAUGUUAGAAGAAGCUGUCCCCAUGCCUCAAGUGCCGAAUUCAAGUCUCCAUUUUUCACCGUAUUUUAUUAGCGUCUGGGAGGAAGAAAUAACUUCACCUUCUAGCCCGACAGCUUCAGAGCAUAUUCGCUCAUUGAUUGGUGAUUAUCAGUCCAUUCAGAUCGAUGAACGAAGCAAUGGUGGAGGUGCUUCAGGCGGCAUGGAAGAAAAUUAUGAGAAGGCACUUCCUGCUCAUGGGGAUAAAACAUUCUUUCAAUUUAUUUCAAGGAUACAAGCGAACCCGGGGCAGCUACUGAGGUAUGGUGGUUAUCCUUUGCCGCUUUAUCCAAUGCAUGACCGACCCAAACAGUGCAGACACUGCGGAGGUGAACUUCUUUUUGAACUUCAGAUUCUGCCCACUCUCAUCCCAAAGCUACACUUGCUCGGAUCUGAGACCGGUGCUCAUUUAGAAUUCGGCUCAAUAUUUCUCUUCUCCUGUGGGGCGUCCUGCUGGGAUCAGAGGGAUUCUUAUCGAGAAGAAUCGCUUGUCGUCCAAAUGGAGAAAAUGAAAUCGAGAACAAUAGCGUUAGUGGGUGCUCAUUGAAAAGCAUAAAUCAUCAUGAUGUAUGUCAAUAAAUGACAUGUCAGCUUGCCAUGGCGUAUGCCAUGGUUUUUUUGUUUAAAAUGAUUUAAAAAUUAUAGUUUAAUAUUAACUUAGAUGUGAAUGAAAUGUCUUUUUCUUUUAAUUGUUUUAUAACUGUUUCACUGUGAACUAUUUGCUAUGACAAUUGCUAUAAAUAGUAAUAAAUUGCAACAGUAUUUAUAAAGUAAAUUUUUAUUCCUAUAAAAAAAUGCAUUUCAUUUGCACCCAAUUAGACUUAUCCAUAGGGUAAUGUUUCUGCUAAAUUUUGAAUGUGUUGAACUAAGCUUAAACUAAAAUGCCGAGUCCAUUUUAACAAGUUUAUUAUUGUAAAAUAUUAAAAUUAAAAUUAAAUGGCAACUAUUUUUAUAUAGAUGUAGAAAAAAAAAUUGUUAACUCUUUGAUUAAGAGUAUGUUUCAAGUCAAUUUUCUAUUAUAGCUACACAUGAAAUUAUAUUUAUUUCAAAUCAAUACAAAUAAUUAUUUAAAAAAAUACCAUUAGAAUAUUACAAGAAAAUACAUAGUUUAAACUGUUGGACCUGUGAUUUAACUAAUAAAAAGUAAUUAUAACAGUAGUAAGCAAAAUAUGUAUAAUAUAGCAUAAGUGAUGAACCUAAA